CCUGACACCGCUAUGGAGAGUCCAGGCAAGAACACAGCAAGAUGGCGCCACCUCGCCAAUGGUUACAACAAAUAUUGGUACUCUAAAGCCGCCCUUCGAUGGCUUUCUCUCACCACUGCAGUUGUCGCUCUGAUCACAUUUGGUGGAUCUUGGCACGAUUAUUCACACUACAAUACUGAUCCCUACCCCUAUGUCCGCUCACUGGCCCCCUAUGGUUUCACCAUAGCUGCUCUUCUGUUCUCGAUAAUAGUCGAUGUCCCCGCUAUGAUUUUACAUUUCAGGAUUCGAAAAGGCCAANAUCUCAACCCUGGAUUCGUGCUGGCUGGAGAUACCCUGGUUUACCCCAUCCUGGCAAUCGCUCUGGCUUUCACUGUCGUCGGGGUUUCUAGCUCUGGUGUCUGUCCCGGAAGUGUGUCAUGUCCAAUGGUGGUUGUUUGGGGUCUCAUGGUAGGGAUCGCAGCUCUACAUAUCUUUCUCUUUNUCAUGGAUAUCUGGGAAACCCAUGUCUACAGAGCUAUGCGUAGGGAACAGAAGACGGCUGGUAAGGCUGAUUCUCGGGAAUCGAAACGACGAUCGCAUGAUUCCAAGAGCGAAUCUAACCCAACACCUCCCACUCCGGAAGGACCGAUCAGAAUUGAGCUGCCAGAUGGAAGAAUUUUCGAACUACCUGGAGGAUGCAAGGUAGNNAACUUCCCGCCGAAUCACGCACAGAAUUGCCGGCACAACUUCCUGGUGUCUUCCUUGCAGAGCUUGAGGCUCCGAAUCCGCCAUCAGAGCAAGGUCCAAUCACAGCUGCACGCUCAGUCGUUGACAAUCUGCUUGCGAUACACACGAGAAAUGCGACUUGAGAACACUGCCAUGCGGAAGAACAAACAGAUUCGUAAAGCCAUCAGACUGCCCAAAGGCCACAUCGCUUAG